AUGGGUGUUUAUGUGUGCAAGUCAUUGAAAGUGGCAGGACAGGUGGAGAGAGCAGUUGAUGAAGCAUAUAGUGUUCUUAGCUUUAUUUAUGGCAGCAUAGAGUACAAGAGCAAAGAGAUGAUGUUCAACUUACACAAGCCACUUAUUACACCUCAGCAGAAUAUUAUGUACAGUUAUGGGCAUCAUAUUAUGGAGGCCAAACUGACUGACCAACUGCCUCUGAUUAUCGUUUGUGAUCGCUUUGACUUUGUGCAUGACCUGGUGUUGUACCUGUACCGCAACAACCUUCAGAAGUAUAUUGAGAUAUAUGUUCAGAAGGUGAACCCAAGUCGUCUGCCAGUUGUAGUUGGAGGGCUUCUGGAUGUAGAUUGUUCAGAAGAUGUCAUUAAGAAUUUAAUCCUUGUUGUACGUGGACAGUUCUCUACUGAUGAACUAGUUGCUGAAGUAGAAAAGAGGAACAGACUGAAGUUGCUGCUGCCCUGGCUGGAAUCUCGCAUUCAUGAAGGCUGUGAGGAACCUGCUACACAUAAUGCACUUGCUAAAAUUUACAUUGACAGCAACAAUAACCCUGAGCGUUUCCUCAGGGAGAACCCAUAUUAUGAUAGCCGUGUGGUUGGUAAAUACUGUGAGAAGAGAGACCCCCACCUGGCUUGUGUGGCUUAUGAGCGUGGCCAAUGUGACAUGGAGCUUAUCAAUGUGUGCAAUGAAAACUCUCUGUUCAAGAGCUUGUCCCGUUAUCUCGUCCGUCGGAAAGAUCCUGAACUCUGGGCAAAUGUCCUGCAAGAGACUAAUCCUUACAGGAGACCUCUUAUUGACCAGGUUGUACAAACAGCUCUGUCAGAAACCCAGGACCCUGAGGAGGUUUCUGUUACUGUAAAGGCUUUCAUGACUGCUGACCUUCCAAAUGAACUAAUUGAACUGUUGGAAAAAAUUGUCCUGGACAAUUCUGUCUUCAGUGAGCACAGAAAUCUACAGAACUUGCUGAUCCUCACUGCUAUCAAAGCUGACCGUACCCGUGUGAUGGAGUACAUUAAUCGUCUGGACAACUAUGAUGCACCUGACAUUGCCAACAUUGCCAUUAGCAAUGAACUAUUUGAAGAGGCAUUUGCCAUCUUUAGGAAAUUUGAUGUGAAUACAUCUGCAGUGCAGGUGCUGAUUGAGCAUAUUGGAAAUCUGGACCGUGCUUAUGAAUUUGCUGAAAGGUGCAAUGAGCCUGCAGUAUGGAGCCAACUAGCUAAAGCCCAGCUUCAAAAAGAGAUGGUUAAAGAGGCCAUUGACUCCUAUAUCAAGGCAGAUGAUCCUUCUUCAUACAUGGAGGUGGUAGAAGCAGCCAACAAAAGUGGUAACUGGGAGGACCUUGUAAAGUACUUGCAAAUGGCUAGGAAGAAGGCCCGUGAGUCUUACGUGGAGACUGAACUUAUUUUUGCGCUGGCAAAAACCAACCGCUUAGCAGAGCUGGAGGAGUUCAUUAAUGGUCCCAACAAUGCUCACAUCCAGCAAGUGGGUGAUCGUUGCUAUGAUGACCGUAUGUACGAAGCUGCUAAGCUGCUGUACAAUAAUGUCUCCAACUUUGGCCGUUUGGCAUCAACCCUGGUUCAUCUAGGAGAAUAUCAGGCUGCAGUGGAUGGUGCUCGCAAAGCAAACAGUACUCGUACUUGGAAGGAGGUAUGUUUUGCCUGUGUUGAGGGAAAGGAGUUCCGUCUGGCUCAGAUGUGUGGCCUCCAUAUCGUUGUACAUGCUGAUGAACUGGAGGAACUUAUUAACUACUACCAGGACCGUGGUUACUUUGAGGAACUGAUCACCAUGUUAGAGGCAGCACUUGGUCUAGAGCGUGCUCAUAUGGGUAUGUUUACUGAACUGGCUAUUCUAUAUUCCAAAUACAAGCCCCAGAAGAUGAGGGAACACCUGGAGCUCUUCUGGUCCAGAGUCAAUAUUCCCAAGGUGCUAAGAGCUGCUGAGCAGGCUCACCUGUGGGCAGAGUUAGUCUUCCUGUAUGACAAGUAUGAAGAGUAUGACAAUGCCAUCAUUACCAUGAUGAGCCAUCCAACAGAUGCAUGGAAGGAGGGGCAGUUCAAGGACAUCAUCACCAAGGUGGCCAAUGUGGAGCUCUAUUACAAAGCAACACAGUUCUACUUGGAGUUUAAGCCUUUAUUACUGAAUGACCUUCUCAUGGUGCUAUCUCCUCGUCUGGACCAUACACGUGCUGUGAACUACUUUACUAAGGUGAAACAGCUGAAUUUGGUUAAACCCUACCUGCGCUCUGUACAAAGUAACAACAACAAGUCUGUGAAUGAAUCAUUGAAUAAUCUUUUCAUCCAAGAGGAAGACUACCAGGCACUUCGCACAUCGAUAGAUGCAUAUGACAACUUUGAUAAUAUCUCUCUGGCUCAACGGCUUGAGAAACAUGAACUGAUUGAGUUCCGACGAAUUGGUGCUUAUCUGUUCAAGGGCAACAACCGUUGGAAGCAGAGUGUGGAGCUGUGCAAGAAAGACAGACUGUAUAAAGAUGCUAUGCAAUAUGCGUCAGAGUCCAAGGAUACUGAGCUUGCAGAAGAACUGCUUCAGUGGUUCCUUGAGGAUGGGAAGAAUGAGUGCUUUGCUGCUUGUCUAUUUACUUGCUAUGACUUGCUGAGGCCAGAUGUUGUGCUUGAGCUGUCUUGGAGGCACAACAUCAUGGAUUUCUCCAUGCCUUACUUCAUCCAGGUGAUGAGAGAGUAUCUCUCAAAGGUUGAUGAAAUAAAGAAAAAGGUGGAUAAGUUGGACAUCUCUGAAUCUCUGAGGAAAGAGGAGGAACAGGCUACUGAGACAACCCCCAUUGUUUAUGGUCAGUCACAACUCAUGUUGACAGCAGGACCCAGUGUGAGUGUCCCUCCACAGGCAGCCUAUGGCUACAGUUAUGGUGCCCAACCAUAUGCUCAGCCUGGCACAUAUGGGUAUAGUAUGUAAGGCAAAAGUUUCCAAGUAACUCCUGCUCAGCAUCUGCCAGUUUCCCUCCAUCUUGCAACAGGGAAGAGAAAGCAAAGCUCUUUAUAUUGUAUGUCAUGAAGGACUUCAGUCUGUCUUUUUUCUAGUUCUGAAUGUUUGGAUCACAGCUGUCUAACUCAUCCCUCACAUUCCAUGUUAAUUAGAUGUGAUUUUUAUUUGAAGGGGAAUGGUUGUUGCAUUUAAAGUGCUCAGUGUGAGCUCAUGUCCUGCAAUACAGUCUAUUGUAAAGAUUUGCACUCUAGUGAGACAAUACUUUUAAUGUAGUAUUCCCAACUCUGAGCAGCUUGUGGCUGUAUUUAAAAAAAGCAGUAAAUCCUAUUGUAUUCAUUAUGGUAGAAGUUGAGUACAGGACUUGGCUGCUUAUGUUAUGUUAAGCAACAAAAACACUAAUCACAGUGCACCCAACACCAUGAUCUAAAUGUUGGAAAUUGAGUUUGUUUAUUUAAAAAAAAAAAUUGGCAAGUUCACCUGACUCAUGAUUUAAAGUUGAACUCCCAAUCUAUGCAGGCUGUUUUAAAACCAUGCAGAGGUGUUUAAAGCCCCUACUACAACUGUUCCCUCCUUCAUUGUUAAGGAUGGCCUGCUGUGCUAAUGUGGGACCACUAUUUUGACAGUCCCUAAACCCCGUCUGUUUCCAACCCUGUGCUAGGUCUUGCAUUUGCUGGAUAUUGUGGUGUGUUAGGUCACUGUCUUUGAGUGUACAGAAUAAAGAAUUAACUCCUGUCAGUUUUUUGUGCAAUUUGAAAGCAGAUUGGAAAUAAAAACAGGACUAUGAAUCUC